GGAGAUUUAAAAGGAGGUGGCGGAGGGUAGGUUAUCAGUACACCAUGUGGAGACUGUCCACUGUGAGGAACCUUCCGUACAGUGUAGCAGCUGGUGGCCGUCCGGUGUGACGAACCUUCUGUACAGUGUAGCAGCUGGUGGCCGUCCAGUGUGACGAACCUUCUGUACAGUGUAGCAGCUGGUGGCCGUCUGGUGUGUGAGGAACCUUCUGUACAGUGUAGCAGCUGGUGGCCGUCUGGUGUGUGAGGAACCUUCUGUACAGUGUAGCAGCUGGUGGCCGUCUGGUGUGUGAGGAACCUUCUGUACAGUGUAGCAGCUGGUGGCCGUCCAGUGAGGAACCUUCCGUACAGUGUAGCAGCUGGUGGCCGUCCGGUGUGACGAACCUUCCGUACAGUGUUAGCAAGCGUAUGACCCAGCACACCUACCUCAUACUAGCAGACACAGCGCACCUUCCCUGUUCUUGUAGAUGCAUGACGGAACGCACGCAUUAGCAGACGCAAGAGAACAUCCUCGUCGCACGCAAGGGGACCCAAAAUGUUGGAGGUGGGCGAGUAGUGUGGACUUGGGAACCAAUAUUCCUCUCGGCAAUUCCAAGAAACAAAUUAUCUUCAUACAUAAAUGUGUCCAGUGCCCGUCUGAUGGGUACUGAAUUUGAAUAAUGUGUAAAUAUAUAGAUAUAAAUAUGAUUAAUGCUUGUAAACUGCAUACGUCUUAGAAGAACGACGACAGCAAGAACACGACACAACAGUUAUCUUCACGACUCUCAGCAGGCAACAACUAAAACCCUCCCAAGUAAGCACCAGUAGCAACGGUCCAAGUCAACCACACCCACAUUAGUCAGUUUACAACUGUCGUCACCACGACAAAUUCAUAAUGGGAUGGCAAACGACCUCUCUCCCUUCCCUAGUUACAGGGAUGGUGGGCGUGUGGGCGGCGAUGGGCGUGUGGGUGGCGGUGGUGGGCGGCGUGUUGGGCGCAGAAGGAAGAGACAUGAGAAGUAACCUUUGUGUCAAACCCAAAAUGGAUUGUGACCCAGACCUGCCUCGCUAUCCUGCCCAGGACAAGAUCACCGAUGGUCAGAUUGCAGAGCCAGGAUCGACGCCGUGGCUCGUCUCCCUGCAGGAUGCUCAGUACCUGAAGCCUGCGCACUUCUGCGGCGGCACGCUCCUCUCUCACCUCUGGGUCCUCACCACCGCCUCCUGCGUCUCGGGAUACAGGGACUCGUCUGACUUCCUACAGGUUGUGGUCGGGGAGUACGAUAUGAGUGUGCAGGAAGGGUGGGAACGGACACGCAAUGUUUGGAAGGUCGAGGUACAUCCAAGGUACGACGAAUACACCCAUGACUUCGAUGUCGCCCUCGUCGAGAUGCUGUUCCCAGUCGGCUUCAACGAGAGAAUCAGACCGCUGCCGCUACCCAACAGGAAGCGCACCUGCCAACAUAACAUAUCCUUCUACAGACAUUCUCACGUAAAUGCUGGCUUAUAUUUCAUCGCCGGAUGGGGAAAACGAGGGGAAACAGGCGAUAUUUCCAACGUAAUACUGGACGCUUACACUCCGAUAGUGCCCUACGAGGACUGUAUCAACGCCUACCCGAACCAGAUCACUGACUCCAUGUUGUGCGCUGGCAACGUUACAUCCGGGGGACUCCAGCCAUGCCACGGGGACUGGGGAGGCGCCCUGGUGAGCAAAGACGGCAUCGUGGUGGGCCUGGCGUCCUGGAGCUCCGGCUGCGGCAGGCCAGGCUACCCCGGAGUGUACACUGACGUUACCGCCGUCGUCGACUGGAUCUGUGGUGUCAUCACCUUUUGGGAUUGAUUGAUUGAUGAAGAUUAAGCCACCCCAAGAGGUGGCACGGGCAUGAAUAGACCGUAAACCUUUUUUUUGGAGGACGACAGGCUAUACACCCUCAAGAUGGCUCAUCGCCGCUCGACGUCUGAGACACCGCCAGAACCUGAGAUCCAGAUGGCGAUGGACAAGGAAACAUAUGGAUAUCGCUGGACCUGAUGAUAAUAUAUUUACCUAUUUUAUACCGCUAUGUAACGUCUCGAGACUGUGUUAUGUUGGCAUGACAACAUACGCUCAUAUUUUAUUUAUAAACCUUGUGACCAUGGUGAGGGAAGUUAUUGGGGUCCUACAAUGGUGUUUAUGAGAAAAAAAAUCGAAUUAAAAAUAUUCUCUGA